UCGAGGUGUUUCUGUUAAUCACUGAUGUUUUACAAGAGUUGUGUAGCCACUAUCUUCUUUUGCUGCAUCAGCUCUUAAUGAACCACUAACAUUUUCAAAAAUUAACUUUAUACUAUUUUAUUAUUUUUAACGAUAUAUUUUUAAAGCUUUGUCACUAUCCCAGAUAAACGCUCACACAAGCCAAGGUAAUACAGCACUAACAAUAACUAAGCAAAACAACCUUCUAAGUCAAUAACUGGACACGACAACACUAAAAGGACAAGAAAACAAUCAUUAACGAUCAAAUAUUGACAGAAAUGAACGACUCCAAAGUUCCCCCAAUAACAGCAUUCUUUGCACAGCAAAUUUAUAUUCCACUGCCAGUCCCGAGACAAACACCUCACACAGCCGCUGCAUGUUUAGCCUCUGUACACGUUUGUGACACUGCAUAAUUAAGUUUAACCGACAUUUAAUUAAUUUUAAUAUUUAUAACUAUAUCACAUUACUUAGUAUUCUACAUGUGUUUGUUAUUAUUUUAAGAAUACACCCCACUAUUCUGUAUAACCAGUAGAAGCCAGCUUUCUCUGAUAACUGCAUUAAAACAAAUAUUCAUUCACGUCACGUGUUAUCCCACAGCAAAUCCCAUCCUGAUUAUACAGUAUGAUCCCUUUGUUUUUUGUAAAGGGUCAGAAAGCCAUAUCGCUUAUUAUUAAUUCCUAAUCUGGCCUGUUGCUCAAACUAAUCAUCAACUGACCAAGAAAGAUUAAAGUAUAUCCCGUCUUUGUUAUUUGCUUAGAAACUAAAAAGCUUUUGAUUACAGAAUGCUGAUUUGGUAUGUGAGCCCAACCCACAACGCAUUUAAACUUUCUUUAGCAGUCAGCCUUUAUAAACACAUGGUGACGGGGACAAAUCAGUACACAUCUGUAAUCCCAUCGUGUGCUCUUAAACAGGAAAAUACUGAAAGAAAGAAAAAAAAAACACUAACGAAAAACAUUUAAAAUGUCUAUUUUCACAAAUAUCCUCCAAAACACAUGUAGGAAGACGCUGCUAGAGUCGGAGAGUUUCCACAUGGUGUGCAAUGUGGCGGCUUUCCACAGACUUCCGAAACUUUCGGCUAGCCAGGCACCAGCGGCUGAGGAGAAGGUCUUGCCGGAGAUGCUAAUGCAGCCAAAAGUCAUGGCGAAAGAUGGGCGAGUCAAGAGUUUGAAAGAGAUGCCCGGUCCGAAAACGCUUACUAACUUGGUUGAAUUUUUCUGGCGGGACGGGUUUAGCAGGAUUCAUGAAAUUCAGCAACAGCACACCCAGCAGUAUGGAAAGAUCUUCAAGUCUCGCUUUGGCCCCCAGUUUGUGGUGUCCAUUGCUGACAAGGACAUGGUGGCUCAGGUGCUGAGAGCUGAGAGCCAGGCGCCCCAGAGAGCCAACAUGGAGUCCUGGAAAGAGUAUCGUGACAUGAGGGGUAGGGCUACCGGCCUCAUUUCUGCUGAGGGCCAGGACUGGCUGAAAAUGCGCAGCGUCCUGAGGCAGAAGAUCAUGAAGCCCAAAGAUGUGGCAAUGUUUUCUGACGAUGUGAACGCAGUGGUGACAGAUCUGAUCAAGAGGAUCCACAGCCUGCGGAGCCAGGCGGCUGAUGGGGAAACUGUGAACAACAUCAACGAUCUGUACUUCAAAUACGCCAUGGAGGGAGUUGCCUCCAUACUGUAUGAGGCCAGGCUGGGCUGCCUGCAGAGUGAAAUCCCCAAGCAGAGCCUGGAGUACAUCGCGGCCCUCCACCUGAUGUUCAGCAUGUUUAAGACCACCAUGUAUGCAGGGGCCAUCCCAAAGUGGCUCCGCAUAAUCAUCCCCAAACCCUGGAUCGAGUUCUGCAACUCCUGGGACGGGCUUUUUAAAUUCAGUCAGAUUCACGUGGACAAAAAGCUGUCAGAGAUUCAGGCGCAGCUGGACACUGGGGAGGAGGUGGAAGGAGGGUUGCUGACCCACUUGCUGGUCAGCAAGGAGAUGACUGUGGAGGAGAUCUAUGCCAAUAUGACAGAGAUGCUGCUGGCUGGAGUGGACACGACGUCCUUCACUCUGUCCUGGUGCAGCUACCUCUUGGCCAGGCACCCCCAUGUCCAGCAGGCCGUGUACGAUGAGGUGGUCCGCAAUCUGGGCCGCAACCAGACUCCCAUCGCCGAGGACAUCUCCCAGCUGCCGUUGAUCCGAGGGGUCGUCAAGGAGACGCUCCGGCUGUUCCCAGUGCUGCCUGGCAAUGGAAGGGUAAUGCAUGAGGACAUGGUGGUGGGAGGAUACCUCAUUCCUAAAGGGACCCAGCUGGCACUGUGCCACUACUCCACAUCGUACGAAGACGAGUGCUUCCCGGCUGCAUUGGAAUUCCGUCCGGAGCGCUGGGUGCGCAAGGACAACAUGGAUCGAGUGGAUAACUUUGGAUCCAUCCCCUUCGGCUAUGGAAUCAGGAGCUGCAUCGGCAAGAGGAUUGCAGAGCUGGAGUUGCAACUGGCACUCGUGCGGAUGCUCCAGAAUUUCCGGAUUGACAUGUCUCCCCACUCCAAGCCUGUUCACGCCAAGACCCACGGACUCCUGUGUCCGGCGGCACCUAUCAACCUGAGGUUUGUCGACCGGGAGUAGCGGCAACACUACUGCUGUAUAGCCUGAAGAGGCUCACCUUUCUCAUUAAAGAUUCACUUUAAAAUAAAUAGAUAAAUAAAUAAUUUGAAACAAAUUUCCAGAAACUGUACCUUAACAUGGAAUUGAGAUGUUGGCCUCUUGCUGUAAACUAAAGUGAUGAUACUGCUGUGUAUUUAGCCUCUUCCUUUUUGAAAGUGUAGACACUUGCCAUUAAAUAUAAAAGCAGUUCAGACUCUAAAGAAGAGCUCUCUCUCUCUCUCCCUAUUCCAGAUGUCUGAGGUCUUAUUUUCUGUAACAUGUCACAUGUGGCUGUGGGUUGACAGCAGCAACAUUUGUCUAACAAUCUUAAAAAAUUAUUUAAAGGAGGCCCGUCAUUAGUAUUCCAGUAGUCCCUCUGUGAAAACAUGCUUUUCUAUGUUGUGGACUGGAAGUAGCUACAGGAAAGCAUCUACCCUGCCUUGAAUGAGCUGGUUUCUGAAAAAGUCUUAUUUGUAUAUAAUGUAAGUGCUAUCUCAAGCAGAUGUUUGAGCUUUUUUUUUACUUUCUCCAUCAGUACAAAUCCUCAGUACAUCCUCUACUGCCCCCUAUUGGCUAAAAAAUGUUGCUGCAUCUGCUGCUGUAUUUGUCUUGUCUAAUGGAGACCCAGGAGUACAGUAUUAGUGUAAUAGAAUGAGUCUGUCUACUAUAUUGUAUUGUAUUAUAUUUAUAUAGUUCUUUUGUGCAAUAAAGUAUUUACUCUA